CAUCGACAUAGUCUUGACAACAGGUGUUGAUAUCAAACCUCCAGGCCAGCUCGUCGAGUGCAAUCCAUGACCGAGAUGGGGUAUCAACUUUUGGAUUGUUUCAGUCCGUUUAAUUGAGAGCACAUAUCCGGCAUCACCAUACACCGGAGAUGGAGUUCCAAUCUGGUCUCAUCCUCAGAGACGGCACGGUGCCAGAGCACCUCCUCCUCAACUUCGCAAAAAAUGUCUCGCGCAUCAUCCCGGACCUGGAUUUCCCCUUUUCUGAUCCCCGGGAACUCACAAUUUUCAAAGAACUUGAACAGACUCGGGACACGUGCUUCCAGACCGCAGCGGCACUGAAUAUAACAAGCACUCACCGUACAGCCGCAUACAAUGCGUUGUGCGCACUCCUUGGUCGGUGUUAUGCUGUCGACAAGGACCUCGGAGAUAGCAUUGCCACGGAUGGUACAUUGGUCGGACUGUUCGGACUGUACUUGAACAGAUCGGAUGUCGCGAAGGCUCCAGCGAUGCGACAACUGGUCACCACGCUCGCAUCCUUACUCCAGAUCCGCCUCGAGUAUAGGAAAGGCCUUGUAAGUAACAUUCUCGGACAAGUAACUGUCAUAGUUGUCAAGCGUCAGUUCCCAGUUCGCAUAAAGCCGGCGUUGCACAUUCUGAACCUCUUUCUCUCGAAAGGGUUGGUAUCAAGCACUGAGGUACUGACCACAGCAAGCUCGCUUGAAUCCAUCGACCUCAAAGCAGAUGGACAACCUCAUGACCCUGCCUGUGCCUUGUUCGGACAUAUUCUGAAAUGUGCCUUGUUCGAAGAUGCAGCCACAGCAACAGGAAACUUCUUGACGUACUUGCUCGGGCCAAAAGGCAUCACGGCCACUUGGGAAGCAGGCGCAGUCCCACUGUGGGUGUAUCCACUGGAGAAGAUCAUACGGGACGACCCAAGUACGAUUGGGCCCCUGAGCACCUAUGCAUUUCCAGCCUUGGCACGCAGCGGCCCAGAGCGAUAUUUGUCGGCGCUUCGAUACUUUGGUCUGGAUGAUCUAUAUGGAGCUGGGUCGCUCGACUCUGUUGACCCAGCAAGGCAGAGUGCAUUCGAAAUCCUGUGCAAGCUUCUGCAGGUUGGGAUCCGGAUGGGUGCAGUGGAGAUCUUUGACAGCAAUGAAAAAUCCACUCCUCGCCUCCAAAAUAAGGUAGUCCGCGUGCCAGACAAAGCCUUUGGGGCCCUUCUCCCAGACUCAAGGCCCACAGUUCGGGUAGCAGCGCUGUCGAUUCUUAUCGUCUCCUCCACGGUCACAAGACCCCUCACCAAAGGGUCUUUGCUUCAACUUCGCCGAAACUGGGAUCACCUCGCCGAUGACCCGUCACCUGGGUUCCGUGGAGAAUUCCUCGCAUUGGCUCAGAAACUGAUCGAUCGGGUGAGAGCCGCCGCAGCUUCCAUGGCCAAGGCGCUCCGGAGAGAUGCCGACAUAUCCCUCCUGAAUCGAUAUAAAAACCACGUUCGGUUCGUCAGGUCGAUAAUCGGUUAUGUCGAAACCUGUAUCAGUCCCGAUGCCACAUAUCCGCGACGUAUCACAGGCCUUAAGCUAUUCCACAUGCUCGCGAAGGCCGGAAUGUAUUUUCCCGAAUAUUCGUCCAUUCGUGUCCAUCCCGAACUGAAAUGGCCUUGUCGCAACAACAUCCGAUAUACGCUGCUACUAUCUGGGCUGCGCCAGCUUGUACAAGAUCCUUUUGCCGACGUCCGUGCCGACAGCAUAUUCUCGCUACAGAUACUCUCGGACGUGUUGUCUCGCGAACCGCGCAAGGGCGGUCCGGUGUUUCAACUCGAUCAUUUGGUUUUGACGGCCGAAAAGAUCGCGCUCGCAUCGGGACGAGCGGAUCAUGCGGACGGCGUGGCGAGAUUGUACGGACUCGCUCUUCAGCGAUGUUCUGCACACGAGCCCAUGAAUUAUUCGGCCGUGGAACAAAUCCUGAAUGCAGGGGACACCUUGAACAGUCCGGAUUGGUGGAAGAGCCGAUUCGGCAUCGUGGACCGCCUCUGGAACCGGCUCAAAGACGCGAUAGCCAUCUUAGAGCGCUCCAUCCAUGAAGCGGUGGAGGCCUCUCCCGUCCAUGUGACGUUGGCGAGUUUGCAAUACGUGAUACGGUGGAUGAACAUGAAUAAACCUCUCCACAGUAUCUCCGAGAUUGAGAGGAAUUGGUGGCACUCGAGGACCUUAGGGAUAGUGGACGCUCUAGAGCGUAUUUGCAGCUCCGUAUCGGAUGUCGUGUGCAAUGAUGCGCCGGAAGGGCAUCUUCCGGAUAGUGUGGAAGAGUCGCUGGAUACUAAAGACGUCUUGAGCUUUUCCUGGAGGGCCAUAAAGGAGUCGAGCCAGCUGAUGAGCGCACUCGUCAUUAAUACCAAGCUCCGCGGGUUCUCUCGUCUUAGUGACCCGGAAUGGCUGUCCUUGGUGGAAACAAUUGGCAGGUUAUGCCAGAAGCAGCUCUUAGAAAUCCGGCACCGGGGUGCGUUUUCAUCGGUUUCGCUGGCUCUGAGUGACUGCUGCAAGCAGCUAGCGCUCGCAGGUCAGCAACGUAUCCUUGGGGACUGGUACAAUCAAAAUUUCCAGAAGAUGGACACGAGGACGUCCAUAACCCGGCGCUCCGCCGGCCUUCCAUUUAUAUAUGUCUCCCUACUCUCGUACGGAGACGAUGGGCUUUUCUCGCAGGGAAUGAAGCAGCUGCAUGUGCUAGCAUGCAGCAAACUUACUUCAAACCAAGCGAUUGACGAUAGCUUCUCUCAAGUUCAUGCGCUGAAUUGUCUCCGAUCCAUAUUUACGUCGUCAUCCUUGGCCGAGCGCUCCGAAGCGUAUAUCGAGGUCGGCUUGCAGCUUGCUACACAAGUCGAUGCGCGCGCCUGGCCCAUUCGAAAUGCGGCACUGAUGCUCUUCCAAACUCUGGUUGAUCGACUCCUUGGUGCCAGCGAUGCAGAUGGCUCCGGCAACUCAUCCACGGUGAUGAGGUUCUCCUACUCGAGAUUUCCUGACAUCCUGAACACGAUCAUCAAGAUCAUGGAGGAAAAUGUUGCAUCCACCUCUUCCCACGAUUCAGAAGGCCUGUUCGCUGCCCUUCAUAUCCUUGACAGGGCACCUCCAACUGGCGUUAAUCGUCAAUGCAUUGCCGACUUGGUCGAGUCUUUGAGUGGUAGUCCAAAUUGGCAUGUUCGGGACAUGGCAGCGAGGACAUAUUCGCGUAUCGUCGACAUUCACGACUUCGAACUGGCCUUGGAGAGAUUGAAUGAAGUCGAAAUAUGCGAAAACAUGAUUGAGGGUCGUAUUCUGUGCUUCCAGCAUCUCCUUAAAGCUCCUUCUUUCAAGCGCUUUGAUGACUGUGAUAUGCCUCGUUUAUCUCGUACCAUUGGCCAGAGCAUAACCAAAUGGUUAAAGGCUGUGAAAUCACCGGUGACGUUUGCAUCGCUGUUUGACAGUCUCCUGGUACUGUAUGAAACCAUGCUAGAGGCUGGGCAAGUCCAGCAUUUCCCUGAUGUAUACGGAGAGCUGCUCAUUACAACUUCUCAUCUCCUACAGAAGCCAGGGGACCCAUCACAGGCUCCGUUCUUUCAAGUUGCACAAGAGGCUGGACUAAAAUUCGCUCUGCUUGCCUAUCGAGCCGGUUUGCCGUUCGGAGAUAAGGAUCGUAUGGAAGCGUUCUUGUUCAAGUCCAUCCAGUCUGUCGAAACCGAUAGUCAAUCAACCUGUGUCGGCUUUAUCAGGAGGCUUGCAUCGUUCGAAAGGCUAGAUCCUCCAGGGGCACUCGAAGGCAUCUGUCGGGUGUUAGCAGAACUAAUCCUUGCAUCUUCUAUUUCCGAGAUAACGGAGGCGGCGGUCUAUAGUCUUUCGACACUCCUGACUCCAAGCUCCAAACCGAUACCGCCUCGGUCUCCACUAACGGCAGCACAGUCCGUAGCGCUGCUAGACAAGACUAUAAAAGAGCAGGUUCGUUCCAAGAAUUCGACUCGGGAUAUCUCGAAUGCAUGGCUCCGGCUUUGGGGCCAGUUGUUGGGGUGGUGUCUCGAAGAACGACUCGAGGUUGGGCAUGAAAUGGUCCACUUAAAGCUCCUCCUCGGUCGCAUUGGAUUAAGUCUAGACGACUACAACGAACCAGCUGAGCGUCUAGCAGCUUGCCAAUCCAUUGAAGGGUUACAGAACUUCUGGACAACGGUUUCCGAGACGUCAUUGAUUGUGGAACUCCUCUUCGCUAUCAGCGAUACCUUAGUGGAUGAUGACGAGGAUGUUCGGGCGGAGGGUGCCACUAUCGCCACCCGUCUCCUGCGCAGCAAGAAAAUGUGCUCGGUGCAUAUUGGAUUAAUGAUUCCGAGCAUGGCACACGAAGUGCUAGUAUCCUUCAUGGGCGUCGAAUGUCGCUGGCUCCCGGAAUUCUGUGGUCCUGCCAUAAUGCGAAUGGUCGGUCAACGAGGAGGUGAGGCCGUCCUUCGGCAAAGUGACUUUCCAUCCAUCCGUCAAAUUCUAGAAGAAGAAGGACACAAAACUGCAGAGCUGUUCCACGUGGAAGCUCAAAAUUUGUACAUUGACCGGGUUUGCGAGGCGAAAAGAUGGAGUACCGUUCUUGAUGGUAUGCAGAUUGGUGCUGUUGAUCCGGGUUCGGCAUUAUUACUCGAGGAGUGGGUUGCCGACUCGAUGAAAGAGAUGCGGAGGUCUGAACUGGUCGCUCGGCACUCAAGUUCCGGCUUGACCCCGUCGUUCACAACUGAAGUAUUGCUCGUCGGGAUGCAGCUCUUCAUCGCUGCGGCGACCGUCAUUGAGUGGCGGCGGAGAGAGCGGUCGAUGAAUCAGCUGCGUAUUCCUUGGAAGCGGGAUGUGGAAGGCUCGCUGCGGGAGCUAUACGAUUGGUUCAUGUCCACGCAGUGUGGGCAUGAGCUUUGGCUGGAAAAGAUUAGGGAAUCUUUGCGGGAAUCUUUGCAGUGAUGAUAGUUUGCGGAUCUAACCAGCUGAAAGAUGGGAGCUGGUUCAAUGUUCUGCGUGUAUCACUGUGGCAAUGGUUGGUGUGAAUGCUCAGACGCGUUUAGAUGAGGGAUACCUGCAUGCGGAAUAGCAGACAAGUUCACAGCUGUCCCGUAUGAGGCUCCUAAUAAACUCGAGGCAUCCAAUGUCUAAGCUAAUACUCCGUCUCACUGGUUCCACUCCGAAAUGAACGCAGUUCAUCACUGCCUACCGGGACGUGUUGAGAAUCCUUCUUGGCUUUGGAACGACUAUAUGCUUCUGUUUUCUUUAGCUUUCUAUACAACGAAUGCGGCGCCGUAAUUCUAUGGAGCUAUGACAAGUAGCGUCCAGCAAAAUGAGAUAUUGAUAUCAUCCCUUGUCUUGCUUGGCUUC